GAUACGGGGCCACCGAGACGUCAGGUGCCGCCACAGGCAUGAGUGCAGACGACCAGAGCUACGGUAACGUCGGUAUACCAAUGGAGGGCGUGCUUAUGAAACUGGUUGAUUGGCCAGAGGGCGGCUAUUUGACCAUGGACAAACCAAAUCCCAGGGGUGAGUUGAUGGUGGGCGGCGCCGGUGUGGCCGACGGCUAUUACAAAGCCCCGGACGCGACCGCCGAUGCUUUCCUGACCGACACUUCUGGCCAGCGGUGGUUCCGUACGGGAGAUGUCGUCGAAGUCCUACCCGACGGACGCUUUCGAAUCAUCGAUAGGAAAAAGGAUUUAACAAAACUCUCAAAUGGAGAGUACAUCUCAUUGGGAAAAAUUGAAUCUGCGCUCAAAUCAUGCAAAUUAGUGGACAAUAUAUGUGUUGUGACCGAUAGUGACAGCAAUUGUGUGAUGGCUUUAGUGACGCCAAACACUAAGGCAUUGUUAAGUUUAGCCAAACAAUUGUCACUUCCGGACAGUUAUAGUUGGGAUGAGUUGUGUGCCGACCCGUCGCUAACCGAUCACGUGUUGCAAAGUAUACGACAAACGUCUGCAUUGAGUGGUUUGAAUCGUUGCGAAAUACCCGUCAAAAUCAAGUUAUGUCCCGAAGAGUGGACCGCAGAUAACCAUAUGAUUACCGCCGCCUUUAAACUCAAGAGGAAUAAUGUCUUGUCUUACUAUCAAAGCGAUGUCAACGAGAUGUUCGCUAAUAAU